AUGGUGAUAACAAUCACAAUUCGGGAACUUCUAUUUCCAGUUUCAUUUCUCUUGCUUCUUCCAUGUGAAGCAGUUGCUGCAACACUUGGAAUCUGCUAUGGCCGUGUUGCCAACAACCUCCCACCAACCUUGGAAGUGAUCAACAUUCUCAAAACCAAUGGCAUUUCGAAUGUCCGAAUCUUCGAUCCUCAUCCGUUUACUUUACAGUCAUUUUCAGGCACCGGGAUCAAUCUCAUGACCGGUGUCCCUAAUGAAGCCCUCCCUUCACUUGCCUCAGGCACACCUGCCUCUGCACUCCAAUGGCUCCAAACCAACAUAUUCGCGCAUAUUGUUCCGAGCCAAAUCCGAUAUAUUGCGGUUGGAAAUGAGGUACUCCUUAAAGACUCAUUCUAUUCUCCCUAUCUUGUACCCGCUAUUGUUAACCUUUACCAAGCACUUAAAAUGCUAAACCUUGAUGGUACAAUCAAGUUAUCCUCCCCUCAAGCAGCAUCCGUGCUCUCUGUAUCCUACCCUCCCUCGCUCGGAGCCUUUGAUCCUUCCCUUCGUGCUGUCUUGCGCCCUUUACUGAGUUUCUUGCAUGAGACGAAAUCACCAUUCAUGGUCAACGUGUAUCCAUACUUCAGCUACACAAGCAGUAGGUCGAAUCAAGUAACGUUGGACUACGCGUUGUUUAGAAGCAAUGACAUGGUUCAAGACGGCCAGUUGAUGUAUGGCAAUCUGUUUGAAGCGAGCUUAGAUGCAGUGGUUCAUGCAAUGGAGAAAGAAGGGUUUGCAGAAGUCGAGGUGGUCGUGUCGGAGACAGGGUGGCCAAAGGGCGGAGGGGAGGCAGCCAGCGUGGAGAAUGCACUGGCUUACAACGAGAAUGUGGUGAGGAGAGUAGUGGGAAAUGUAGGGACACCAAGGAGGCCUGGGGUGGGAAUUGAGGUUUACUUGUUUGAUCUGUUUGAUGAGAAUGGGAAAGGUGGAGAUGAGUGUGAGAAGCAUUUUGGGAUAUUUGGACUUGAUGGUGUCAAGGCCUAUGAUCUUAGAUUUAAUUCAGAAAAUUAA